AUGGCGCAGAAGGGCAUAGGAGUCUCGAAUCUUCCAAAUGUAAAAUACCGAAGCUUCUGCAAAGCCGGGAUAGACUUCAACAUAAUGACGGUUGGCUCAAACGGCUUGGGCAAGUCGUCUUUCAUCAACCAGAUGCUUGGAGACUCCAUUUUAUCCUCAGACCCCUUCUUGAAACCCGAGGAUGGCCACCACAGCAAUGAGACUGUUAGGGCACUUGACGAAGACAUUGUUGACGAUCCGGAGAGUAAAUACUUCCACAGGAACUCGCUUAUCAACAUUCAGAUAUCCAAGUUCUUCGUCAUGGAGAAUGACUUCCAAACACGAGUCACAGUAACCGAGGUAGAUGGCGUAGGCGAUGGCGUCUGCAACGAAGGGUGCUGGGACCCCAUUGUCGAGCUGAUACAGGACAACUUCAGGGACUACCUAGACCAGGAGAGAAAAAACGUCAGAUCGCUGAUAAAGGACAAAAGAAUACAUAUCUGUCUCUAUUUCCUGGAGCCCAAUCCAUCGCACGUAAGCCUAGUGGAUAUAAGGACGAUGAAGGAAAUAUCAAAGAUCUGUAAUCUGAUUCCUGUUGUCGGGAAAAGCGAUCUUUUAAGCGACUCUGAAAGGGAAGAGUGCAGAAACAGAAUCGUAGAGGUCUUGUCGAUGGAAAACAUCGAUGUUUUCCGUCUGGACAUACUUGAGAAGGAAAAGAUCUCCAGGACCGAGUCUCCUUUCUUUAUCAUCGCAAAGAAUGUAAACUCCGGGGAUAGUAGCGGGCACAACAGAGAGUAUCCAUGGGGAACGAUGUUUCCCGAGAAGGUGGAAAGUAACGACUUUUAUUUCCUGGUUGACUCUCUAAUAGCAAAAAACCUCAUAAGGCUUGUGGAAACAACGGAGGUAUUCUAUGAUGAAUACAAAACUCGCGAAAUAGGGUUGUCCAUAGCCAGCAAGCCCGGGGCUCUUGGGGAGGACGACAGAAGAUUGACAAAGGAAAUACAGAAGAAAAUCAAGGAGGACGAAAGGACUAUUGUGGAGUUGAGGCAGAAGCUGAUAGAGAAGAGAAAGUACUACGAGUCGAAGAUGCUUGAAAUAACCAGUAAGUAUAGCAACGAAAAAAUAAACUCUUCGUAA